GGCAAUGAAAUGCUCUAAGAUAAAAAGUUCGUGCUCAAUAGUCAAUUUAUUAUAUUCAAUACCUGCAGAUUCAAUAUUCGUUAUUCUAUUCUGUAAUUCUGUAAUUCUGUGAUACUAUGAACAUUCAUUGAAUCAUGACACAAAUUACAUUUAAAUUCUAUUAAAUAUAUUGAAUAAUACAAACAACUGAAUUCCUAAUUUCAUCGGUUAGGAGUUUGUUACUACUUAAUCGUAUUAAUGUCCAUAUUAUUUUAGUUUUGCGGCUUAACUUUAUAAGAAUAUGGCUGAGUUGGUGUUGGACAUCAAUAUUCGAGGUUGGGUCUUUUUACCGAUUGUAUUGAUCACGUUCCUUGUUGGGGUCAUUCGGCAUUAUGUGUCAUUGUUAAUCACGUCUCAAAAAAAAGUUGAGCUGACACAAGUACAGGAUAGUCAAGUGCUAAUUAGAUCACGCAUGCUACGUGAAAAUGGUCGAUACAUAUCUAAACAAGGAUUCUAUAUGCGUCGUCACUACUUUAACAAUGAGGAGAAUGGUUACUUUAAGACCCAAAAAAGAGCAGCUCCUGCUCAAACAGCUAUGCCUGAUCCAAGUAUGAUGACUGAAAUGUUGAAAGGAAACGUUACCAACGUCUUGCCAAUGGUGGUCAUUGGUGGUUGGAUCAAUUGGAUGUUCUCUGGAUUUGUCACUACCAAAGUACCAUUUCCCUUAACCCUACGUUUCAAACCAAUGUUACAAAGAGGUAUUGAAUUGGUUUCAUUAGAUGCAGCUUGGGUGUCGUCUGCUUCGUGGUAUUUUUUAAAUGUAUUUGGGCUUCGGAGCAUAUAUGCACUAGUUUUAGGUGAAAAUAAUGCUGCAGAUCAGUCACGUUUGAUGCAAGAUCAAAUGUCCGGUGCUGCUAUGUCCAUGCCUAUGGAUCCAAAAGUAGCUUUUAAAGCAGAAUGGGAAGCAUUGGAAAUUAGCUCUCAUAAAUGGGCCCUUGCAGAUCUUGAUAAUGAAGUGCUUAAUGUAUUAUUGAAUAAAAGUAUUAAGUAACAAUUUGAGAUUUGAAGUGAACAUGGUUUUUCUAUUCCAAGUAAGGUGUAUAAAGAGUUAAAUAAUACCUAUCAUUGUUUUUUUCUUUUUUAAGUUAUCUUACUUUUUAUGUAGUGUUCAUGUAUUUAAUUUUGGUUUUGUAUUAAUUAAACUUAUAAUUAAAAUAAUCUAUUUAUUCAUUCGUGUGAUUGUUUAUCUUCAUUAUUUAGUGUGGUACUAAUUUAUAUCCUCAUCAAAUUUUGUUUUUAAUAAUCAAAUUUUUUAUUCAUGUUUUUAUUCUUGUAGCAUACAUUCUUAUUGUGCCCUAUGGGUGCUAGGGCACAGAUUGUUUAUUUCUAAUAAAAUAAUCAAAUUUUAACUUAAUGUAAUAAUAAUUGUAUACACAAUAAAUUACAUUUAAAUUUGAUUGAAA